UAGGGACGCACGCCGCCUGGCUAGGGCCAGCACGCCGUGGUGCGUGGUGGAAGUAGGAAUCUCUGGUGCAGGAACGCGAAACCAGGUUGAGUGAUUCAUGGAGGGAGUAAAAGGACACGACUAGGGAGAAGUGAUUUCCAAAGGAUCAAGGCUGAAGCUCGAGCUGGUGGUUCUGGUAACUGGGUGAUAUGUGAAAUGAAGCCAACAGGUACAGACCCGAGGAUCUUAUCUCUAGCUGCUGAGGUUGCAAAAAGCCCUGAACAGAAUGUCCCUGUUAUACUGUUGAAAUUAAAAGAAAUAAUAAACAACACACCUUUAGGAAGCUCAGAGUUGAAGAAAAUCAAACAAGAUAUAUAUUGUUAUGACCUCAUUCAAUAUUGCCUCCUGGUCCUUGGUCAGGAUUGUUCUCGAAUCCAGGGUGGAUGGACUACAGUUUCCCAGCUUACACAGAUAUUAAGCCAUUGCUGUGUGGACUUAGACCCCGGAGAAGAUGCAGAGGAAUUUUACAAGGAAUUACUUCCAUCAGCUGCAGAAAAUUUUCUCGUUUUGGGGAGACGAUUGCAAACGUGUUUCAUCAAUGCAGCUAAAGGUGAAGAGAAAGAUGAAAUACUGCACUUUUUCCAAAUUGUGACUGAUUCUCUCUUCUGGCUAUUAGGAGGCCAUGUUCAACUCAUACAGAAUGUACUACAAAGUGACCAUUUCUUACACUUACUGCAAACUGACAAUGUUCAAAUAGGAUCUAUAGUCAUGACUCUGCUACAGAAUAUACUACAGAUCAACAGUGGUGAUUUACUCAGAAUAGAAGGAAAAAUCCUGCAUUCUAUUUUAGAUGAAGUUAUUUUCAAGAUUUUAUCAACUCCUAGUCCAGUCAUAAGAAGUACUUCUACAAAGCUCCUACUGUUGAUGGCUGAAUCCCAUCAGGAAAUUUUGAUUUUACUGAGACUAAGUUCCUGCUACAAAGGACUCAGAAGUCUACUAAAUAAACAGGAAACUGGAACAGAAUUUAGUCAAGAACUUACACAACUUGUUGGUCUUUUAAGCCCUCAGAUAUAUCAAGAAGAAGACCAGAAACUACAUCAAGCUGCUUGCUUGAUUCAAGCUUAUUGGAAGGGUUUCCAGACUAGAAAAAGAAUAAAGAAACUUCCAUCUGCUGUGAUUACUUUGCAAAGGAGUUUCAGAUCUAAACGAACAAAGACACUGUUGAAACUAAAUAGGCAGAAGGAGGAAGAUGAUCUCAGAUUACAAUUGCAGCUUCAAAGACAUAGAGCCAUGAGACUUUCUCGAGAAUUACAACUGAGUAUGCUUGAAAUAGUUCAUCCAGGUCAGUUGGAGAAAUACAAUCGGGAAAUGGAAGAGAAAUCAGCACUAAUUAUCCAGAAACACUGGAGAGGGUACAGAGAAAGGAAAAAAUUUUACCAACAGAGGCCAUCUCUUACAGAGUAUAAAGCAGCUGUCACACUUCAAAGAGCAGUACUUAAGUUCCUAGCAAAGUGCCGUAAGAGAAAGAAACAACUUGCUCCUUGGCAAAGACUCCAGGAACUCACUGAUGCACGCAGACUUGAACUGAAGCAACAAGUUGAUGAUUAUAUCAGAAGACAUCCAGGUUCUCAGAUGUCAGGUGUAGCCAGCAAGGAGCUCCAUGCCCAAGCUCAGGAACAACUACAGCACUACUUUAUGGGUAGGACCCUGGAAGAAAGAGCUCAGCAGCACAGAGAAGCUCUUAUGGCUCAGAUCAGCACCAAUAUUGAACAGUUAAUGAAGGCACCAAGUCUGAAGGAGGCAGAAGGGAAAGAACCAGAGCUAUUCCUAAGUAGAUCCAGGCCUGUGGCAGCCAAGGCCAAGCAGGCCCAUCUCACUACACUGAAACACAUACAAGCACCCUGGUGGAAGAAGCUUGGGGAAGAACCAGGUGAUGAGAUUGAUGUUCCAAAGGAUGAGCUUAAUAUAGAAUUAGGAACAUUAUUCAUUGGUGGAACCAAACCCCCUUAGGGAAUUGCUAUGAAAAUUGACACAAAUUUUAUAUUUCAGGAAAUUGUAUUACUUUUGCCUCUGGCACAUACUGUUAGACUAAGGCUAUUGUAAUGUGGUUUUCCAGAGGUUUUUCUCCAAGACUUGCAGGCAGUAAGCAAAGAGUUAUCAUCUACCUCUCUUUCAAUUUUCCUUUUCUUUUUUCUACACCCCUAUAUAUAGUCACACAUACAUAUUUGUGUGACUUUCAUUGUGGAACUAAACUUGGCAUGGCAUUAUAUUGUUGAUUAAAAUGUGAAAUGUCUUUUGUUUCUGUAUUUGACAACUAAAUGUUUUUUCUAAAUAAAUAUUUUCAACAGUUC